CUCAAUUUUUCUGAUGUAGAUAUUAAAAUACUUUCUGAUUCAUUGUCAAGACUAAUAAAUCUAGAAAUAUUAGAUCUGUCUUACUGUAGUGAGCUUAUGGAACUACCCAGAGAUAUUAAAAAAAUGGUGAACCUUAGACAUCUUAUAAACAGAAAGUGUGAUUCUUUAACUGGAAUGCCAUAUGGACUGGGGCAUUUAACUAAUCUUCAGACUUUACCACCAAUUGUGGUAAGCAAACAGUCCAAAAGAAAAAGUAAUCAUAGUGGGACAAAGGAAUUACAUGGGUUGAACAACUUGAGAGGAAAACUCAAGAUUAAAAACUUAAAAUUUGAGGCAAGUAGAAAGUCGGCCAACUUAGAAGGGAAGCAAUUUCUUUGGUCUCUGACAUUGGAUUGGGGAAGAAGUGAUAAUAGAGCGGUUCAAGGAAAUGAAGGAAUAGAUGAAGUAGAGGUGUUAGAAGGUCUAAAGCCACACUCAAAUCUUAAGAAAAUCAGUGUGAGAUCAUUCAUGGGUGUUGAACUGUGUGAUUGGCUUUUGUCUCUUACAAAGUUAGCUUCAAUUAGUCUUAAAAAAUGUAGAAGAUUCAAACAUGUCCCACCAUUGGAUAAAUUGCCAUGUUUGAAGGCUCUGUGUCUUAGCCAUCUAGAUGAUCUGGAGUAUAUUUCAGAUGAAGCAAAUAAGAGUUGGUCCACAUUGCCAGCAACAUUCUUCCCAUCCCUGGAGCAAUUCACCCUUUGCGAUUGUCCUGAAUUAAAGGGAUGGUGGAGGAAGCAUGAUUAUAAUGAUACAGAGUUGCCUUCAUUUCCUUGUCUUUCCAAAUUAGAUAUCCAAAACUGCCCCAAUUUGAUGUUCAUGCCACUGUAUCCAUCUUUGGUAGAAUUGAAAUUGCUCAAGACUAGCUCGAAACCACUGCAGUGGAUGAUGACGAUGACGUUGAAGAAUAAAGGGGAACCAUCAACUUCCUCUUGCUUUUCUGCCCCUCUCUCCAAUUUAAAGUCAAUGCUUAUGUUUAAAAUUCCUGAUCUAGAAUCUCUUCCAGUGGGUGCCUUGCAAAAUCUGACUGCUCUUGUGGAUUUGAAAAUUUUGUCAUGUCCAAAAAUUAGUCAACUGGAUCAAGCAUUAAAGUUUCUCCCAUCUUUGCAAAGUUGGAAAUUUACAUCCUAUGAAGAACCUGAGCCGGAUGGGAAGAUAUUCGUCGUAUGGGUCUUCGUUUCAUACCCGAUUUCGGUUGAAUCCAGAGGAGACUUCUUCUUAAACAGUUCCUUGUUAUUCUAUUUGCAAUUGUUAUGCUGCUUCAACAAUAUGCAGAUGCAAGAAUCAUCAACUAUCCGGUAAUAUUUCUUAUUCUUACUAGGGUGAAUAAAAAAUUCAAACAACUCCGUGUAUAUGUUAAAUAUAAUAUUUUCUGGCUAUACUGCAAAACGUAAUCUUAUUUCCUUAUCAUUUGGAUAAUGUAAACUAUUGUGUACCUUGAAAUAGAGAAUUUGAGAUUAUUUUAACUAGGGGUUUGAGCCAAAUUGACACUAGCUCAAUUGUCAGCUUGGCUCAUUCAAGCUUGAAAUAAAUAAUCACGAAUCAAGCUUGAGUCAUGGGUAUGUGAUGCUAUCAAGUUCAACUUUGAACUCAAACUAUAAGAGUGUUCAAUUAGUAGACUUGU